AACGAAUCAAAACCGUCUAACGUUAUUCUUACGAACAGAUCAUCAUGGCAAAUCCUGUCGGCCAAGUGUGGGGUAACGACCACCUGGUCGGCGAGCUCUUGCCGUUCUUAGAUGCGACUUCCCUUGGAAGGGCCGAGUGCGUGUGUGUCGCAUGGCGCCGUCUAUCGACCGACUUGGCGCUGUGGUCGCGGCUGUGCCUAGCCACGCCUCGGUGUGUUGUCGGACCCGCGUCUCAAGGCCUCCAUGACAGCGUUGGAUCCAAGCGGUACAUUCAGCUCGUGAUGUCGCGGCGACGGCACCACCUUUUGCGUCGGCAUGACUUGAGGGCGUUGGUCGAUUCCGAUCUAUGGACACGGUCAGGUGACACACCUGUUUGUUUCUGUCAUGACGCUGGUAACGUUAAUGUCGUAGCCUCGUUGCCGACGACAAGUGGCUGGUCCGACUCCACAUAGCAUUUGCGAUGGACACUGUCCUUCCGCACAUGGAAGGAUCGGACGCGGCGCAUGUGUUGGGGGCGUUUUCAGAGGUGUUGGACGACGCAUUUGGAGAGUUUGGGGUCGCGCGGGAACUCCUCCUCUUGGCGCUGGUAUGUGAUGAGGCUGCAUGGAUCACACAUCACUUGGCGCUCUUGGCAGAGAAGCAGCAAGACUACGAUCAAGCAGAACAUUGGUUUCAACGAGGCUACGACCUCGACCACACGUACGUUCCCAAUGCGCUCAAUUUUGCAGUGUUCAUGGAGGAACGGCGCCUGCGAUACGAUGAGGCGGAAGAGCUGUACGCCCAUGCCUUGCAGCAUGCCGCAACCCCACGUCACAGCCUCGAUGUGUACUUUGCAAUGGCGGACUUUUACUUGUUGAAGCGGCGGGAUAUCCCUCGCACACACGCCGUCCUCGCUCAGGCUUAUCACUCCCUCAAAGCCAUAACCAAUGUGGAUGCUGUUUGUGGCCGCGAUGUCCAAGUGGCGAUCCAGUACGCCGAGUUCCUCGUGUAUGUUUGUCAUGACUUUCCGACCGCCGCAACAGUCUUCAAGGUUCUACUGCAACGGUGGACGUUCGAACAGUCGCGAAAGGGCAAAGUGCAGUCAGACGUGGCAACAUUUCUGCAAAUUGGACUCUUGAGCUACGGUAUAUAUGUAUAUAUAUACCUAAUAGUGUCUAUAAUAUCAACGUCCAUUCGAUAUGUAGCAAUCUGUGUCGUGUUUUCGACCAGCAACCGAGUUAUGGCCCUUCGACUGGUGGACCAAGCUGCUGCUGUUGAGCAGUGUGUUGCCAAUCUCCUUCCAGACCUUGUUCAGACAACUGCACAAAGGGUCGUGAAAAGAUACAAGCUUACGGCGGCGGCGGUCGUUCAGCAUACGCCGGAUCUGUGCAGACCCGUGACCUGCAAGCAGGACUUCGACAGCCUCGCGCCUCUCAUGGGACUGCUGUAUUACCUCAAUGGAGACACGGACGCCGCCAUGGCGCUGUGGGCGGCUUAUAUCCGUAGACUGGCCAACAUUCAUAGCCCCGAGUACGCUUUUGCUGGGUACUGCACGGGGAUGGUGCUGCAUGUUGCCGACAGGCGACCCGCGGCGGCCAAGGCCAUCAAGAAAGCGUUCACCGUGGACGCCCAUAACCUGCAGUACCAGAAUGUCGACCUCGUCUUAAGGGAAGCCGCGCAUCCUCCGUCGAACGUCGUGUCGACGGAACAUGGGGAUCGCCGCCGCCUUCGAGCGCUGACGUGUCGUGACGUUCUCAUGUCGUACUACCUCGCGCACCAGCUCGAGACGCCACCUCCCACAACGUCAAAUAGUGGGCUGCGACGAGGAGGAGUAUGAGAUGAAGCAAGAUCCCCCCCCAAUCUCCGCAACAGUCGACCAGGUUGAGAUGGCGAUCUAAUCGUGCAACCUUUCGGUCUGAUUUUAAUGUACAUGCCAGUGUAAUUCUGAGCAUCCG